AAAAAUGUUGCCUAUCAACAAAUAGAAGCAGCAGUAUGUUACUGGUUAACUUGUAUGCCAUCCAAGCAACUAAAACUCACAAAAAACAUUUAUUUGCUUAUUUUAUUCCACCAAAGAGUUGCAUCGACUCCUUUUAAACUGUAGCACUUAGUUCCCACCACAAGGGGGCGAUGCCGUUGCAAAAGGGCGAAUCUAUCAAAACAAAAGUCCCAGAAUCCGUUGCCAUGGUGACAACACUGCGGUAAGAACCAAAGUAACUUUGUGACCCUGAGGGAGAACUAUCGCAUUUAACUCUCACCCUUUUGACAACAGACUGACACUGUAAUAACUUCGAUUAAAUAAAUUAAAAAGGUCUUCUCCAUGUGGGCAUGAUGAACAAGCCUUUGACGGAGCCAAUCACUGGACAGUCCACACAGGGCUUUUCUACAGAGACUGAUAUCCAAGAAAUCUCUGCAGAGAUUCCUGUUGGAGCAGGACCCUGGGGUGGCACCAGUGUACCAUGGGUCAUACCUCAUCCUUACCAGCAAGUUAUCUCACCAGAGAUACUGGACCCACUAAGCUUUAGAUUUGAGUGCCCAUAUCAGCCUAUGCCAAGUCAGCUUACUUACCAAGACUACCACAUGGAAUCCCCCCUGAGCCAACGCCAACUACUUGCUAAUCCUGGUCCCUCCUACAGCAGCAACCUCAGCUCACCCUCUAUCAUUUGGUUUAAUAAGGAACCAGCUUUCUCCAAUUCAGGGGUGGAUGUACCCAUGGAAAAUCUACAAUUUAAGGAUGAACCAACAGAAGUUCCACCUCACAUUGCUCAGACUGUGAUGUACGACAUCGCUGGAGAUAGACAAGUAAUGCUUUUUAGCCCACAUGAGUCAGGACCCACAUACAUUUCCCUGGAACCUGCUGAGACACACCAAAACAGUGAAAUGGCACCAGUUGCCAGUGUGUUCGAGACAUCCAAAGCGCAUACUGACCACCAUCAGACAGCUAGUUCGCUGUAUGAGUGCAGAGUACAGACAACCAACAUCCAACCUCAGCCUUCACUACAGAGACAUGUUGGAGCUUUGUGGGAGUUGAGAUCCAAGAAGCCCUGCCACUGUACCAGAUCGAGGUGCCUCAAACUCUACUGUGAGUGUUUCGCUAAUGGAGUGAUGUGCAGCAACUGUGACUGCUCUAAUUGCCACAACAAUGAAGAACAUGAAAUGGAGCGUCAUGAAGCAAUCAAGUUACAUUUAGGUCGAAAUCCGAAAGCCUUCAAGUCUCCAAAGAUUGUCGGUUGGAAGUCUGGAAAGGCCAAAAGUUGGUACAACAAAGGUUGCAACUGUAAACGUUCAGGAUGCCUGAAGAACUAUUGUGAAUGCUAUGAGGCUAACAUCCAGUGUUCCUCCAGCUGCAAAUGUGUUGGCUGUUUAAACCAUACAGACAACUCUCAAGUGGGUGACAAAGAGAAUGUGGGGAAAGUGAGGCACACAUGUUCUGCAUCAGUGUUGACCCAUGAACUGGUGGAGACUGUGUGUACGUGUUUGCUGGCUCAGGCAGAGGAUGCUGAGAGAGAGGCCCAGAUGCUUACUAUAGGUCAGCAUUUGAUCUUGAUCAAGUUUGGACACUGUCUCUCAGAGAUUGUCAAGGCUAUGUUCAGCUACAGCCCACACUAACACUUUCAAUGUAGAACUAGAAAAAUACUAAACCCUAGUAUUUUUGUAAAAUUGAACCUAGUCAAGCAAAACAGGUUAAGUAUAUUUGCAUGUUCUAAAAUCUGUAUUGUGGUGUUUAAAAAUUGUUCUGAUCUUUGUAAAACUUUGAAUUUUGUAGUUUAUUAAAUAGCCGAAUAUGAA